UAACAUCUUCCCUCUCCCCGACAGACACCCACCCAAAAAAAAAACCCACAUUCUUCAUUCCCGACUGGAAAAGCUCAAUCAGUGGGUGACAAUAUAUUCAUGCUAUUUUGUGCGCAUCAUGUAUGUGAGCCUACUCACGCUUUUGUCGUCUUCGGCUCUUGCACGCAACGGACGCCAUAUCAAGUGCAGUGCAAAAGAUGAUCUUGAACUUGUACAGUUAUGAGAGGUCUACGUUAGUCCGAGUCUCCUUUACCGCGUGUGUUUUGGGAACCCUCUGCUUGCCACUGACGGGCCUCUUGGUCUGCAUAGUCAUCUCCUCUCUCUACCAUUACGAGGACUCUACAAGAACACACUGCCAGGUUGAAAACUACCUGCCGUCCAUCAGCGCCUCCAUCAGCCUGAGCCCCGAGUGCCACAUCUGGCGCCUCUGCAUUGGCCUGCACUCUGCACCCAGGUUUAUUUUGGCAUUCGCCUAUUUCAAGUUCUACAAAGUCUGCUUUGCCACUCGGGUGCCCGAAACCACUUUGGCCUACCUCAACUUGGGCUUCUCCGUCUCUGAAAACCUCGGCCUGCUGAUGCUCACCUAUGUGUCGUCGGCUGACAUCUACUCUGUCCACGAGGAGGGGUUCAUCCUCUUCAGUCUGAGCUCGUUUGUCUACAUGGUGAUAACGUGUCAUUUGUGGAAGGUCAUCAAGAGGUACUCGGUGAAUCCAGUAGAUGCCAAAUCCCAUGUCUGGAAAGUACGUCUGUUCCUCCUCAACUUGUGCUUCAGUGCUUUUGCCGGAUUAUUUUAUGUCCAACAUAACUUGUAUUGUGAAGCGGGGAGUAAGUAUGGCAUUAGUUUGACACAAGUCAAUUCCAAGGAAAUCUUGUGUAUGGUAGUUUUCAGGGUUGUAACUAGAGGUGAGAACCUUUGGGUACCUCCCAAUGUGAUUAUCUCACAAUAUGGUGAUACAACGAUUAUUGAUGCAUGGGUCAGGAAAUCAAUCUACAAUAUUUUACAAUAUUCUCUAUUCAAGACAAAAAUUAAUUAAUUCUAAAUGGGAGAAAAAAAAAACACAAUGUUUACUUUUUGCGCUGUCGCAGACAAUCUGUCCAAACAUUCGUCUUUCUCAAAGACUGAGAAUAUUUCAGUGCAACAUUUCUGUUGGUAAAUACAGCAAUACUAUAUUAUUGCAACAUUUUUGUAAACAAAUGAGUGCCUUUUUUAACUCAUUGUUAGCCAUUGACAACAAUAGACGUCCAAUUCAUUUAAACUGGGAAACGAGGCUUUGAAUGCUAAUGUUGGACACCGUCAAUUAAACAGACAUUAUUCCAGUGGAAAUUUUUGGUCUAGUGGAAAACCUUGGGAACAUUUUGCUAAGAUAAAUAAGUGACAUCUUUUUAAAAUGACAUACUAGUCCUUCUUAAAAAAUUAGCAUAUUGUGAUAAAAUUCAUUAUUUUCUGUAAUGUACUGAUAAACAUUAGACUUUCAUAUAUUUUAGAUUCAUUACACACAGCUGAAGUAGUUCAAGCCUUUUAUCGUUUUAAUAUUGAUGAUUUUGGCAAAAAAGUAAAAAAACCAAAAAUCUCUAUCUCAAAAAAUUAGCAUAUCAUCAAAAGGUACUCUAUAGAAGCUACUGACCUAAUCAUCAGGAUCAACGAAUUAACUCAAAACACCUGUGAAAGAUUCCUGAGGCUUUUAAAAACUCCCAGCCUGGUUCAUUAAUCAAAAUCGCAAUCAUAGGCAAGACUGCGGACCUGACUGUUGUCCAGAAGGCCAUCAGUAGCCACGUUUACAUGCUGACUUUUAUUCAUACCGAUUCAAAUCAUUCCGAAUGGAAAUUUCACAUCAGCUGUUUACAUGUCACUUCAUCUAUUCCGAUCCAGCGUUUACAUGUGUCUGCCUUUAUUCCGAAAGGACGUUUGACAACUGCCGUCUGACAUGCGCAGAUUAAUCAAAACAAAGCGUCACGUUGCAAAACAUGGAGAUCGAUCGUCAGAUCAGCUGCUGUUUUAACUUUUCGAGUGGAAACAAAACUUCAGAAUGAUACGCCGUUCAUUUAAAAAGUUGUGUGGGUGCGCUGUGCGUGUGCUUGGAAGCCAUGUUGCAAGUGACGUUACUUACGUCACCAAGUGACGUCACCACGUCAGUAUGGAGCAUGUGCAGAAAGAACGCAACCAGACACCAUUCCGCUUCCCUGUUUACAUGAUAUAAUUUUACUUCUAAUCGGUUUGGGAAAAGGAAUAUUCCACCCCUGUGAAUCGGAAUGAAAUUCCAUUCGGUUUGGGCCUGUUGAUUCCGAAUGAGGUGUUUAUAUGGAACACAUUUAUUCGGUUUGAACAAAUAUUCCGAUUGUAAUUGGAAUAUUUGGCUCCAUGUAAACAUGGCAAUUGACACCCUCAAGCAAGAGGCUUAGAUACAGAAAGAAAUUUCUGAGCGAAUAGGCUGUUCCCAGAGAGCUGUAUCAAGGCACCUCAGUGGGAAGUCUGUGGGAAGGAAAAAGUGUGGCUGGAAACGCUGCACAACCAGAAGAGGUGACCGCACCCUGAGAAAGAUUGUGGAGAAGGGCCAAUUCCAGACUUUGGGGGACCUGCAGAAACAGUGGACUGAGUCUGGAGUAGAAAAAUCCAGAGCCACCGCGCACAGGCGUGUGCUGGAAAUGGGCUACAGGUGCCGCAUUCCCCAGGUCAAGCCACUUUUGAACCUGAAACAGCGGCAGAAGCGCCUGACCUGGGCUACAGAGAAGCAGCACUGGACUGUUGCCUAAAUUUUACAUGUCAUUCGGAAAUCAAGGUGCCAGAGUUUGGAGGAAGACUGAGGAGAAGGAAAUGCCAAAAUGCCUGAAGUCCAGUGGUAAGUACCCAUAGUCAGUGAUGGUCUGGGGUGCCAUGUCAGCUGCUGGUGUUGGUCGACUGUGUUUUAUCAACGGCAGGGUCAAUGCAGCUAGCUGUCAGAUUUUGAAGCACUUCAUGCUUCCAUCUGCUGAAAAGCUUUAUGGAGAUGAAGAUUUUAUUUUUCAGCGCGACCUGUCACCUGCUCACAGUGCCAAAACCACUGGUAAAUGGUUUACUGACCAUGGCAUUACUGUGCUCAAUUGGCCUGCCAACUCUCCCGACCUGAACCCCAUAGUGAAUCUGUGGGAUAUUGUGAAGAGGAAGUUGAGAGACACCAGACCCAACACUUUGGAUGAACUUAAGGCUGCUAUCGAAGCACCCUGGGCCUCCAUAACACCUCAGCAGUGCCACAGGCUGAUUGCCUCCAUGCCACGCCGCACUGAAGCAGUCAUUUCUGCAAAAGGAUUCCCGACCAAGUAUUGAGUGCAUAGCUGAUAUAAUUAAUUGAGGUUGACUUUUUUUGUAUUAAAAAACACUUUUUUGUAUUGGUCGGUUGAAAUAUGCUCAUUUUUGAAAU